ACUCCAGUCUUGGGAAUGCCAUGAGAAACGCAUGAGAAGAAUUUCAAACGCUAAAUGCCGUUCUAUUGACUCUCUCUUCCAGCCGAAUCGUCUUUUCUUCACUCGAGUACCCUCACUCACUGCUUCUGCGUGACCUCACUUUCUCUUGUACCAAAAAUCAAAACUCGUGGUCCUUUCACUUGUUUUUGUUUCAUCUAGCAAUCAAAAGUCUUUCAGAAAAAAGAAAAAAAAAAAAGUAUACCAAUGUCUUCCUACGAGUCCCUGGCCUUUUACUGUUCAUCUCAAGAGGAAGACUUCGCCGAUGCGGAUAUGGAUGAAGGGUUCGAUCAAAAUCAGCAUCCCCAUAACUUGUCCAGGCUUUCUGUCUGCUCUAGCAGUACCUUGUGCGGUGCCGACGACGGCGACGAUAAUGCCUUAACCAUGUACUUAUCCAACCUGUCCAUCGAAAGUUUCGAAGGGGAAGGUGAUGCGGAUGAGGAAUUGGCCGACGAAGGCAAAGAGCUGCCGACCGGGUUGUCCUCGGACUCUGAAACCGAAUUGGGUGGGUGUUAUUCGUUGCCGGCCACACCCCCACGACGGAGGAAAGCGAGAAAGAACUGCGCGAGUGACAGCGAGAGGAGGAAGAAGAGUGGUGAGAAAGCAAGGAGAAAGAAGAGGGAAGAGGGGAAUGAAGAAGGGAGGGGGUUGAUGGUGAUAACGAGGCCAAAAGGAGGAAGGAGAUCACUGUGCAUGGACAUGGGGGAAGUGAAGGCGUGUCAAGAACUUGGGUUCGAGUUGGAGCAUGAGCGAGUUCUGGAGGUUCCUUCCCGUCUCUCUCUCGAUACUGCUAGCAGUGGUGGCAAUUCCCCCAUCUCCAAUUGGCGCAUCUCUAGUCCAGGUGAUGAUCCGCGAGACGUGAAGGCACGACUCAGAGUGUGGGCACAGGCCGUGGCUAUAGCGUCGGCUUCCAAACAUGCCAAUUGACUCCCAAUUUUAUGUUGUUUGUUUAAUUCGGGCAUGUGUGCGUGCGCCUGUGUAUAUGAGCUUGUAAAUAGGUUAUAGUUUUCAUCAUGAGACGAGACGCCUUUAAUUUUGUUCCUUUUGGGAUUCGAGCUUGUUGGGUUUUGGUCCUCUCCGUUUUUCCAGUGACGAGUGAACCCCACUUUCUCAAUGUACAUAUCCAUACUGUUGUACGUGAAAACGAUGGGAAGAUGAAGCCUUGAUAUUGUAGUAGAAAAGAAACGUUGUCUAUAUACAGUUAUACACAAACGCAGUGUGUGGCAAGUUUGGGCAUACAACGUGCAGGGUUUUUCUUGAAUGUUGCUUCGUGUGAUUACUGUACUACUGACAUUCCCCAACUUCUCCAGUGUGGGAGAGAAGCGGAAUAAGUGGGACCCACUCACGCCAUGUCACUUUCUCUCCAGCUUUCCCAUCUGAUAUCUUUAUGUGUACAUGGAGGGGUCUCUCCAAUUUUUUUC